CAACACGGAAGUGAAGAUGAUUUUUGACAGAAAUGUGUUUACUAUAAUUUAAUAGCGUUAACUGUACAUCCUUUUAGACCACAGCACGGGAGUACCGUUAUUUGGAUCAUCACUCGCUAACAUAAAGCGAAAAUGUCAGCAAGAAAACGUCGCAGCAACGAUUUAAAAGAGAAAACAAAAACUAGCGCUCCUUGUGGAUUGAAGGAAAAUGUGCCACAUCAGAGAAGGAACUUCCACUUUGACCUGUGGUUCUGCCUGACUCUGCAGAACUGGAUACUGGACUUUGGAAGACCUAUUGUCAUGAUUUUCCUUCCUCUGGAGUGGUUUCCCCUGAACAAGCCCAGUGCUGGGGACUACUUCCACAUGGCCUACAACGUCAUAACACCAUUCCUAAUGCUCAAGCUGAUAGAGCGCAGCCCCAGGGCACUGCCUCGCUCGGCGGUCUACCUCUGCAUCAUCACGUUCGUCAUGGGAGCCAGCAUCCACCUGGUGGGAGACUCCAUCAACCAUCGGCUCCUCCUCAGCGGCUACCAGCUCCACCUGUCAGUCAGAGAGAACCCCAUCAUCAAAGACCUCAAACCGGCCUCACUGGUGAGUAUCUUCAUAAUGUUUAUCUGUUUGUGUAGAGGUGUAGGGUAAAUAAUUGUCCAUGAUGAGUGCACCAGGAACACUGGAAUAGCCUGAGGAAUGUGUCAAACUGUUUUUUUUCUGCUCGUCAUGUUUGGCUAGUGGGUGAUACAACUGCUGGGCCCUAUGUACAUUUUACAGAAUCUAUGAACAUAUUUUGAAAAAGAGCUUAUCUUACUUACUUAUCUGCUUAUGACACAAAAAAACAACACGAAACAUAUCAGUAUUGUCAGACUUGUUUGAUCCAGCAGAAUUCAUCCCGCUGUCUAAGAGUGCAGCUAAUUUUUCUCCCUGACAUAUCCUGACUUAAAGCACCAUAGUUG